CUCUCUUUUUGUGUGUGUGUGUCUUUAUUUGCGUGUGUGCAUUUUGAAAAGAGAGAGUGUGUUUGUGUGUGUAUAAUUGAUAAAACGCAUGGCAGGACCUAGCGAGGAGAACGAAUUUAGACAUCAAGUGCAGCAAUUUGACUUUUGUGGAGAAUCAAUAGAUACUUCAUUAAGAAAAUUGCUGGCUAAGGUUCAGCUUCCAAAAGAAGCGCAACAGAUUGACCGUGCCAUGGAGGACUUUGCAACAAGAUAUUAUGAAUGUAACCCAACACUUGUGGAUAAACCAGAUGUUGCAUAUGCUGUUGCAUUCUCAAUAUUAUUGCUUCAUACGGACGCACACAAUAAGAACGUAAAGCAAAAGAUGGAUAAGGAUACUUUCAUUAGACGUACAAAGGUCAUCGAAGGAGGAGAAGGGGUUCCAGCUGAAAUAUUGGAUAUUAUGUAUGACAACAUUGUUAUAUCAGAGUUUACAUAUGCAAAAGAUAUAACAACACGUCCAGAAAGAUCAAACUCAUGGUUUUCUAAACUGAUAAGUGAUUCCUCUACAGUCACAUCGACUAAUAGCACAUCCAAUCAUACCAAUACUCAGCCUACCUCAUUUGCUGACCUUGCACCCAAGCUGGAACAGCUUAUGCCAGCUGAAAAUACCUUUAAUUAUAAAAGAAAUAUAUUAAAGCCAAUUCCCAUCAUGGAUAUCCAUUUCUCUCUUUUAACAGCUAAAUCAUUAUGUCUAGCUGGUGUAAGAAGUAGACACGGAAAUAACAGCAAUAACAACACAUUCACCAUUAGAGUUACUAAGGCUGGGAUGCUUGAUAGAAAACAUGACCUGAUGCAUGGAGGUAAAAAGGCCACAGCUCGUAGUUGGAGACCCUUUGGAGUUAUCCUGAGUGGAAGCCAGCUUAUAUUCUUUUCUGAUCUUUCUUCGUAUCAACAAUGGUUGGAAGAGGAAGAACACACGUCAAAGAAGCCACCGAGGAGAAAUAGCAGUGUACCUCACUCUGUAUCCUCCAUGACAGAAUCAGCUUCCAAUCUGAGCAUCAACAACGCUACUGUCACCUCCAUGACAUCUCUGUACAGCAACUCCAACAUGUCAACGAUACCCCCACUCACUACUCCCACUCUAUCUACCCCAAACGCUUACCUACGUCCAGUUCAGAUCAUUUCCUUAUCUUAUGCUGUUUGUAUUCAUGACGAAGCGUAUACAAAAUACCCUCAUGUUUUUAGACUCAUCACUGGAGACGGACAGCAUUUCUUGCUUCGAGCAAGCAGUGACGAAGAUAUGGACGAUUGGAUGCUAAAGAUCAAUUAUGCAUCCGCUUUAAAGACAACAGGCGCACGAAUAAGGCCGUUUAAAAGACGAAGUAACGAUUCAACAGGUUCAGUUGAUGUAAAGUAUAGCUUAGAACAGCAAAAACGCGAAGAAGAAGCAAAAGAAAAAGUACAAGAAUUGUCGGAUCGCAUUGAAGAACAGAUUAGGAUAUUAGAUCGAGAACUUCAGCUAAGACGCAAUCUCAUGGUCUUGGCACCCGUACAAAAAUCAACUAAAGAUAGACUAGUUGCAUUUGCCGAAAUGGUUGGAAAACGAAUAAGGACGAAGCGAAUCGAACUUCAGCGCUUGGAGUGCUAUCGAGAUUAUCUAGAAGCCGAAUUGGUCUGGUGUGCUUCUUCACAGCAUCAAAGUAGAAAGGUAUCACUGGCAACCUCAAGCUAUAAAACUACGAACGGAAGAACUGAAAGCUUCAGAAAGCUUUCAAAUCUUGUAUUUACUCCACCCUCCGCAAGUACGAGCACUACCAGUAGCAGCAGUACUUCUACACAUAUAUCUCAUCCAGUUUCUAUGCAUUCACACACCCCGAGCAGCAGUAAGAGCGACGAGGAUGAUCCUGCUGAGAACAACAGUAACAGCAGCAGGAGUAACAGUACUAGCACAAGCACUAGUACUUCUAGUAGUAGUGGCAAUAAUAGCAUCAAUCAGGCAACAGACACUCAAGAUAUUCAGAUAUCCUUCCCCAAGCUGCGUAUUUCCAUAAACGACGCGUCUGUGAGAUCGGCGGAGAUGGACAGAGUCAUGCGCCGUCGAAGUCAAAGCAAUCCUAUAUUGCCCAACAAACAAAAACUGACACUGCUUCAGCCGCCCAACAGAAAUCAAAGAGAAAGAAGCGGGUCAGAAGCAUCACCUGUUAGGGCAGAGGAUGAUGAUAGUAUGAGUGUAAUUAUUAUCAAUGACACGGAAGGAACAGAUUCUUCUUUACCGUCUCCCACUUGAUUUUGCAAUAAAGUAAAAAUUGGCUUUCGAUAAUUCAAACUUCGCUUCGCUUUGAUUGGAGCAAACUAAAAAUAACGCAGUCAUAUUGG